CUCCAAACAGCAGAGAAACUACCGCAAGGUUUCCACUGGGGAGCAGCCAGUGCAGCUUAUCAAAGUAUGUCUUAUAUACUACAGUGCGGCGGAAGAGGUCCUUCAAUUUGGGACAAAUUCUUCGCGGACGGAAAGCACUCUGCCGAUGGUGCAACAGGUGAACCAGCUUCAGAUAGCUAUCACAGAUAUGCAGAGGAUAUAGCUUUACUUAAAUCAUAUGGUGCAACUGCAUACAGAUUCUCAAUAUCUUGGCCUAGAGUGAUACCACGCGGGGGUAAGAACUCGCCUGUAAACCAUGAAGGGCUUGCCUAUUAUAACAGACUUAUAAAUGAGAUUAUCGGGCAGGGUCUCACUCCAUUUGUUACCAUCUAUCACUGGGAUGCUCCUCAAGCAUUAGAGGAUAAAUACGGUAGCUGGCUAUCAGAACAGAUAGUAGACGAUUAUGAAAGAUACGCCCGUGUCUUGUUUGAAAAUUUCGGUGAUAGAGUCAAACACUGGAUAACAAUAAAUGAGCCACUGACAAUAUCAGCUGAGGCAUAUAUUGUCGGUAUUUUCGCACCAGGACAUACGGAUCUUACAGAAUCUUAUAAAGUAGCUAAAAACCAAAUCAUGGCACACGCAAGAGCAUAUCAUGUUUACAAAAAUGAAUUUGCAUCGCACCAACAUGGUGAAAUUGGAAUAACAUUGAACGGAAAUUGGUUCGAACCGGCUGAUAACUCUCCUAAAGCGAGAGAAGCAGCACAAGUUAUGAUGGAUUUCCAAUGGGGACUUUACGCUGAUCCUAUAUACAAAAAUGGAGACUAUCCAAGAUCCCUUCACGAACGUAAUUCAGAAUAUUUAUCAUAUUUCACACCAGAAGAAUCAAAAUAUAUCGCUCAUAGUGCUGACUUUAUGGGUAUGAACGCAUACACUUCUAGCGUAGCAUAUGGUAAUGCUACUGAUAACCCAUCAACUGGUUAUACCUAUACCAGCUUUUGGUUCCCAAAUGGUACGGCCGUUGGAGGAGAAUCAAACGAAAGUUGGUUAUGGGACACACCUUGGGGCUUUGAAAAGCUUUUGGUAUACUUAUGGGAUAACUAUCAUUAUCCAAUAUAUAUAACAGAGAAUGGAUUCUCUGCAAAGGAUGAAAAUAGUAAACCACUCAAUGAACUAGUACAAGAUUAUGAUAGAGUAAACUACCACGACGGCUACCUCAAUGCUAUGUUGAGAGCUAUACAUAGGGGUGCCGAUAUUAGAUCCUAUUUCGCUUGGGCUAUAACAGAUAAUCUCGAAUGGGCAAGUGGAUAUAGCUCUAGAUUCGGUAUCACACACGUAGAUUUCGAUACUCAAGUUCGUACUCCUAAACUGACUAGUCAGUUUCUAAAAGAGUGGUUUAAAUGGCAUUCAUGAGGGAUUUCUUGAGAUGAACACAGGAGGUGUAUUCCUUGAAGACCUUUUUGCUUUUCAUUUACUUGACUUUUGUUGUAAUACCAUAUUAAUGCAUUAUCUUUGAUCAAA